AAUGCUGCUCCCAGUUGUAAACAUUAGAACCCGGAAGUGCUAUAGGAACUAAAUCCAGAGGAAAGUAUAACGUUACUAACGUUACAGCGCCACCACAUAGAAACGCUUCUCUCUACAGCGCCUCCCACCAUCAAUGGGAAAAUAAUUUAAGCAGAAAGUAUCUGCUGUAACUACCAAAAUAAUGUAGCGAACUAAGUGCUCUGCCUAAAUGUAAUGUAUGCAUGGAGAUAAUAUUUUAACGGAGUGGCUGUGGUCAUGGAGGGGAACUGCUGCGAGCACAGACCGGUGUUCUGACGAUCUAUGCUAUACGCAGUCUGCGUGCGCCCUUAAAAUACUGGGUGUGCUAAGGUGGACUUUGUGGAAAGCUGAGGCGGUGGGGAAAUCCUUGCCUGAUGACCUGGAUUUGUUUUGGAUGGAAACACAUUUCAGCUCCACAAUAAAUAGUAUUUAUAUCAGACGUAGUGCUAAGAGUCAAUCACAGCAAAGACAGAAGAAGAACAUCGUCAUCAUCUUUUUGCCGACAUCAUCAUGAAGACUCUCUACUUCACUCUGGGGCUGCUGCUGCUCACCGCCUGCUGCUGCAACGCUUUGCCCAAAGGUCUGCAGUUAGCACCCGGAAACUGCUGCUUCAAGUUUUACACUCGGGGGUUACCAUUAAAUCUCGUAUCGGGCAUAACCAAGACCCACAGCUCCUGUCAGCAGAAGGCAUUCAUAGUUCAAUAUUAUACAGGAAGACAGAUCUGCUACCGACAAACUUUCCAGUGGGCUCUGAAUGUCUACAAUCAGCUCCACAACACUGAGGGCAGCGGUCAGCUGCAAUGAAGACGUACUUUUGUAUAAUAAACCAAUGUCUGGUUUUGCAGGAAAGGAUGAGAUGAGAACAGGGGUUCCGCAGGGUCUUAAAAAGUCCCAAUUUUUCUUUUUCAAAAUCAAAAUUUAAGGCCUUAAAAAGCCUUGUAUUCUAGGUCUUAAUUAAUUUUAAACAGGUCUUAAUUUUCCUAUGUCCAUGUAGUGCUACCUCUAAUGCUCAUUGAAAUGCACCCCCAGUGCUUUAGAAUGUUUUUUCCU